UUUUCGUUUUAGUCUUAACUUUUCGAGCAGUGUGCGUUUUGUGCUCAAAAGCGGGGAAGCGACGGCUUUUUUUUGUCAAUGGAGAGCCAUUCGGCAGAGAGCGGCGAUCGGUUGCCUCCUGACUCUCCUCCCGCUCCUUCUCCUCCCGCCCGAGCAGCAUUGGCGACCAGCCAUGCAUCGCCGUCGGGGUCUGUUGCGCGGACGCCUGGCUCCACGGCCGUCGUCUCGUCCACGGCUCACUUCCACAAUCUGCCAAAGCCGCCCAGCAGACCCCUGCCGCCUCCGUCCACGACCACCACCACCACCACCACCACUGCCACCGCCGCCACAACGAGUCAGUCGACUAGCGGCACACCGACUGCCACCGCAUCGACUGCAACGGAGCGGAAACGCAAGACGGUGCAGCGAAUCUUUGGCUGCGACCGGCCAGUCAUCCACCUGCAAUGCGCUCAGCAGCAGCAGUCCGUCAUUAUCGACGGUCUCCGCGAGCUCGGCUUGAACGUCAACCCUUUCUGGGCGCAGGAUGUCACGCAUCUCAUCAUCCACCAGCCCAAAGACGGAUCUACGUCGGCUGGUCGCGUGGCUAAUUCUGAGACAACGAGCGUCCUUGACGGUGCGCAGCCACGGCAUGCAAGCGUAGCCAAUAGCACCAUCAUCGCAUCGUCCAUCUAUGCUGCAGCAGCCGCUGCAAGCGCCGCUCAAGGGCAUGCUGCUGCGGUCGGAUCCGCCAACCGUCCUGCAAAUUCGGCGACCCAGCCAUUUAGCACCCCGCUGCUGGACACGGCCGGAUCGCCUUUGCCCAGUUCGUUGACGUCCUUCACUGCUUCCACCAAGCGGAGUGGCGUGGGUCGCCCAUUUGUCCAACAGCGCCAUUUUCCGAGCGAAACUAGUCCUGCGUCCAUCCUUCCAGCUACUCAAUUGGGCUCAUCGCUGUCAAAGGGUCGAAUAAACGUGCUGCUUGCCAACGACAGCAAGCCACAGGCGGCUUCAGCACCGCCAGCGCCCGCUUCCUCUGCCAGCGACAUUAUUCGUCAAGCACACGCAUGGGGAGUCAAAAUUCUGGAUGCUGGGUAUAUGGCCCGAGUUUGCACCGAAGUGUUAGAACAAUCCCUGCGAGGCCACACAAACUCGGAACUGUCACGGCACGCAGCUGCUGCUGGCUCUAGCAUUCCAGGAAAGCCCCAUUCGGGCUUGGAUUUGGUAUCCUUCGCCAAGCACUUUGUCAAGAUUGAAGACAAGAGCGGUAAAUACCUGCCCACCAUUCUCGAGUUUGACCAGCCAGUCCAGGGCCCCAUCAACACAACACUCAAACAGCGCGAAGACGCUCGUCGAAGCGCCGCAACGCAUCCCGGCCGGCUUCCUGAAGACACUCGAGCGCGGCUUCAGCCCACGCAAUUGCCGUCUGCUUCGAUGGAUGUGAGCCGCGAGUCGAGAGACACCAUGGGCUUGCCGACGCGACAUACCCUGUCGACCACAAGCCACCCGACAUCAAUGGUAUCGGCAGCCCUGACCCGCAAGGCUCCGCUUGAGGGACCGAAUUUGCCGUUUCAAUUUCGGACAGUGCCAGCACGGCUUAUGCAGAUGAACAACAUUGCCAAUGUUCGAAACGACCCUUCCAAUGCCACUCCAACGCCAAAGAAGGCUCCUGGACAGGAUCCAGGAAUUCUCAAGCCUGAACACGGUGGCCAGCCAAUGGCCGAGGAAUUUCUGCGGGAAAACCCCCAAAGUGGGUCUGGCGCGCCUCGCCCGCGGCUGAUGUUGCAGUUUUCGCCUGCGCUUGGUCGCGACGCUGCGACAACGCCACCUCGAGGCGCAGGAAGAACAACUCCCACCACUCCAUCCGCGCCCAAUCCUCUCACCCCCACGCACCAGCACCGACCAUCCAUGCUGGUGACGUCCUCGGGAAUGGUGUCGCCAGGAGGCGAAUUCACCAUUCCCACGCCACCGCUCAAUGCCCGAGCAGCGAACGGUCGUGUCGGCUCCCCCUUGGUGCCUUCGUUGCAGCCCGCAGCCAUCGCGCUCUCCAACAGCCCGACACCUGCCAUCCUGCAAGCCCGAGGCGCGCGGGCGACCAUGAUGAGCACUCAAGGCCGUGCCGUGCGGACGCACAACCAAACGCAAGCACCACGCGCGGCUGCCACCCAAGUCGCCGCUACUGUUGCGAACUCUGCCAAUCGACCACGGCCAUACAAGCGUCGUGCCCAGCAACCACCCUUUUGCGAGAUUUGCAGCACUGCUGUGGUCGGACCGCUGGAUCAGCACGUAGCAUUGCCAAAACACGCAAACUUCCUCGCUCGCGGAUCGAAUUACCGAGAGCUCGACAAAUACAUCAACCGCAGUAGCCUGCACGAUAUGACGUCGAUCUUGUCUCGCAUCGCACAGGUGCUGCAGGUCCCCCAAUCCUUGCUCGAGCCGCAAUUUGAAGUCUACUCUUUGUCUGCCUCGUCUGACAGUGAAUGGCCUGAUGCGCACUCCUCAAGCGAUGCGCAGCGUCAAGAUAUGGUGCUUGAAAGCAGCCCGCAUGAUGGGGAGAGUGAUGAGGCGAGCGGCGAUUCGAGUCCGAGCGCGAGCUCUCCCCAGCCCAACUUGGCACGCCCGAUCGCCAUGCCAGACAUCCAAAUCAAAGUUAACUACACGUGCGUUCAUGUGCGCUCUGACACUGAGCUGCCUUCGAAACGACAGCGCCGAACGGAGGGCGACGAGUUUGUUCGCGAUGAAAAUAUUCUUGCCGACGACGACGAGCAGUCACACGACGAUGAGCAAGACAGCGACGACGACGACGACGAAGACGAAGACGAUGAGCUUUCUAUCUUGUACCGUCUGCAAGCCUCGACGAAGGCCGCACCGAGCUCGUCUGCGCAAAGCACCUCUGUGUCUGCUUUGGCCAUCGCUGGAAGCGAACCCGAAGCCCCCAGUGUCUCAUUCUCGAGCCGAGUGUUGCGCCCUCGUGUUUGAUAGCUGUGUGUUUGUUCGUUCGUUCGCUUGCUUGCUUGCUUGCUGCGGCGUCAUUCUUUGAUUUACUUAGGGUUUGUUUGUUUUUGGGGUCUUAUUGUUAAUCAGUGCAUUUCCUCCGUUCCACGUUAG